GCUGAGGACAUCAAGGUUGUGCGCUCCUCGUCAAUGAACUAUUUGGCACUCUGUGCCACGGCUUUGAGUGCCGCCGUGCUGGUUCGACGCAGUCCCCCAAAGUCGCGGCCGCGCGUUCGGAUCCAGGCCUGCCAAAACUGUGCCACACCAUCCAUGCAGGCCAAGGCCGGCACGACUCUUCCAAUCUCAAUCGACUCCAUGGAUUUCCUGGGAAGCUCGGAGGCUUCGCCCGAAAACGGCGAGGCAGUCACGGAGGUGCCACCAGUUAUCCUGCCUGCCGACGUAGGGUCUUUUGCCGAAGGAGCUGUGGUCCCCGUCGCCCAAGCUCAGGAGAAACGCCGUGCUGGUGAUCAUGACGGUCAACGAGCAAAAGAUCGAAACUACCGCCGACAGGUGGGCUCGCGGCUUCUCCCGCCGCUUGGCGCCGUACCCUUGGCCCUGUCCUUCGACCCGAGCCGGGUGCGCCUGAAGCUCCAGAGAGCAGUUCAGCACCGAUUUGCCACUUCUGCGACUGGAAGGGAGGGAAAGGCACGGUCACGAUCCGAAGGCAUGGACUGUGACUUGAGCUUCCUGGCAAUUCCCGUUCGGCAAACGAGUUCUCACCCUGCUCGUAUCACAGACUCUUGCGGUUUCUGGCCCCGAAACAUUUUGCUCGGUGUUUUGCAAAGAAACGUCGGCUCACUCCAUCAUAGUGACACACCUAUAUGA